CACCAUUUUCAUCCCUAAGAUACGGACCGUUGUCACUGCAAUGAUGCUAUGGUGUCACCCGACCAUUCGACACAUCAACGCGCUAUCCACGUCGAACAUGCACCCCAUCCACCAGACCACGGGCAACCAGGUACAGCUCCGUACCCAUUUCUAUCCACUACCCUGGAAACCACCACGCAACGAAUGUCCAAUGCGAAUUGAAUGCCCAGCACGCGAAAGAGGGGCAUCCGCAGGACACUAGCUAGAGAUAGCAAGGCGGCCAAGACACGGAGCCAAGAUGGCACCAUGAAAGAAUCGCUUGAUCUUUGCCUGCUCGUACAUGAGGCGCUUAUCGCUACUGCCCAAUGGUUGGAGUUCCCUCUGCAGGUUUCAGACACUACUCUCUCUAUCACGCACCAGGAACAGCAGCAGCAGUAGCACCUACAAUGGCGUCGUCAGCUAACAAUGACACAAGCACCGAGAAGAAGCUCGUCGUGGUAGUCGGAGCAACGGGAAACCAAGGCGGAUCAGUAGCCCGGCGGUUCCUCCAAGACCCGCAGUACGCCGUGCGCGGGCUGACCCGCAACCCCGCGUCCCCAGCUUCGCAAGAACUCGCGGGGCUUGGGGCCGAGAUGGUGGCGGCCGAUCUCAACGACGUCGAGUCUCUCAAGUCCGCAUUUGCCGGGGCCUACAUCAUCUUCAGCGUGACGCAGUACUGGGAGCCCUUCUUCCGGCCCGACUGCCGGGCCAGGGCCAAGGAGCUUGGCGUGACGUGCCGCCGGUAUGCGUACGACGUCGAGUACCGCCAGGGCAAGAACAUUGCUGACGCUGCCGCGGCCGUGGCGGUGGACUCGUUGGCUGAGAAUGGGUUCUUGGUCUCGACGCUGAGUCAUGCCGGCAAGUGCAGUGAUGGGAGGAUUGAGGAUUUGUAUCAUUUCGAUUCCAAGGCGGAUAUCUUCCCGGAUUAUGUCGUGGCUACGUACCCGGCGUUGGCGGCCAAGAUGUCGUACAUCCAGACGGGGUUUUUCACGACGAGUCAUGGGAUUUUGCCGGAUUCGUACUUCAAGAAGCUCCCCGACGGCACGUUCGAGAUGCGCUUCCCCACGUCCCCGGACAAGCUCAUCCCGCAUCUGGACGUGAACGCCGACACGGGCAACUUUGUUUAUGCCGUGCACCAGAUGCCGCCCGGCAAGCACUACAUGGCUGGCAGCUACCUCAGCUGGAGCGAUUUUGCGAGGGCAUGGGCCAGGGUGACGGGGGCUAGUAUCAGCUACCGGGAGGUCAGUGUUGAAGAUAUGGUGGCCGACACGCCUGAUAAGGAUUGUGGGCUGGAGGUUGCGUUGAUGUUCAAGUACAGCUCUGAUCCGGGGUAUGAUGGGGGGAUGGAUUUGGUUAAGGCUGAGGAUCUACGUGAGGCGGGCAUCGACUGUCCGAUGUUGACUGUGGAGGAGUCGCUGGCUCGGCAGGACUGGUCGGCUGUGCUGAGCAAGUGAACUGUGAAGUCUUGACAGCGCCCUUGACGGUGUCUCGGUCGACGUCGUGGAGUCAGGACCUAGGACAGGUCGUGGGAUAUAAACCC